CCCGGGCCAUGGCGGGGAACGCGGUGCACUGGUUCCGGAAGGGGCUGCGGCUCCACGACAACCCCGCCCUGCGGGACUGCAUCCGAGCCGCCCACACCGUCCGCUGCGUCUACAUCCUCGACCCCUGGUUCGCCGGAUCCUCCAACGUGGGCAUCAACAGGUGGCGAUUUCUCCUUCAGUGUCUUGAGGACCUGGAUGCCAAUCUAAGAAAAUUAAAUUCUCGUCUGUUUGUAAUUCGUGGGCAGCCAGCAGAUGUGUUUCCUAGGCUUUUCAAGGAGUGGAACAUUGCAAGACUUUCAAUUGAAUAUGAUUCUGAACCCUUUGGAAAAGAGCGAGAUGCAGCCAUUAAGAAGCUGGCAAGUGAGGCCGGGGUGGAAGUCAUUGUCCGAAUUUCUCAUACACUGUAUGAACUGGACAAGAUCAUCGAACUAAAUGGUGGACAACCCCCUCUCACUUACAAAAGGUUCCAGACUCUGAUCAGCCGAAUGGAUCCAUUGGCAAUGCCAGUGGAGACUAUCACUGCAGAAGUAAUGGGGAAGUGUGUGACUCCACUCUCUGAUGAUCAUGAUGAAAAGUAUGGGGUGCCGUCUCUAGAAGAAUUAGGUUUCGAUACAGAUGGCUUACCUUCUGCAGUGUGGCCAGGGGGAGAGACUGAAGCACUCACUCGCUUGGAAAGGCAUUUAGAAAGGAAGGCUUGGGUGGCGAACUUUGAAAGACCUCGAAUGAAUGCAAAUUCCCUUCUUGCAAGCCCGACCGGACUAAGUCCCUACCUCCGAUUUGGCUGUUUAUCGUGUCGCCUCUUCUACUUCAAGUUAACGGAUUUGUACAAAAAGGUAAAGAAGAAUAGCUCCCCUCCACUCUCCCUUUAUGGGCAGCUAUUGUGGCGUGAAUUUUUCUACACAGCAGCUACUAGCAAUCCACGCUUUGAUAAAAUGGAAGGAAAUCCUAUCUGUGUCCAGAUUCCAUGGGAUCGAAACCCUGAGGCUUUGGCCAAAUGGGCUGAAGGCAGGACAGGUUUCCCUUGGAUUGAUGCGAUCAUGACCCAGCUACGUCAGGAAGGUUGGAUUCACCAUUUGGCCAGACAUGCAGUAGCUUGCUUCUUGACACGAGGUGACCUAUGGAUUAGUUGGGAAGAAGGAAUGAAGGUAUUUGAAGAAUUGCUGCUUGACGCGGAUUGGAGUGUAAACGCUGGAAGCUGGAUGUGGUUGUCUUGUAGUUCCUUUUUUCAGCAGUUCUUUCACUGCUAUUGCCCUGUGGGUUUUGGUAGGAGAACAGACCCCAAUGGAGAUUAUAUCAGACGCUACCUACCUGUACUUAGAGGCUUUCCUGCAAAAUACAUUUAUGAUCCCUGGAAUGCACCAGAGGGUAUCCAAAAGGCUGCAAAAUGUAUAAUAGGAGUUAAUUACCCUAAACCAAUGGUAAACCAUGCGGAGGCGAGCCGCUUGAAUAUCGAAAGGAUGAAGCAAAUCUACCAGCAGCUUUCCCGAUACAGAGGACUAGGGCUUCUUGCAUCUGUACCUUCUAACCCAAACGCGAAUGGGAGUGGAGGCCUCAUGGCUUAUUCACCUGGAGAAAAUAUCCCUGGCUGUAGCAGUGGUGGAGGAGCCCAAAUAGGUGCCAGUGAGAGUCACCUGCUUCAGACAUGUGUACUUGGAGAGUCUCACCUAGGACCAAGUGGAAUUCAGCAGCAGGGACGAAGUUCCUUGACCCCCGGGUUAAGUGGUGGGAAGCGUCAUUGUCAAGAAGAGGAGAGUCAAAGCAUUGGUCCUAAAGUCCAGAGACAGAGCACUGAUUAGCGAUCACAGUCACCAGAGAGAAUUCAGGAGAAAAAGCAGUUGGAUUAAAAUUGAAGUCAAAUCCAAGGAAUUUGCCAUUUUGGUAAAUAAUUUUUAAAUAUCCCCAGUUGAUGUAAAUCAGUUAUGUUUUUGAAGUGCAUUAUUCAAACCACGUUUUUAUGGUUCUUAACUUUUUAGUAAUUUCACAAAGGACGACUGGUCAUUUGUAUAUAUGUACAAUUUUGUGAUGAAUUUGCUUCAUGUAAAUAUAAGUAUUCACAUGGUAGUGAUAUACACAUCAAUAUAUUUUUGAUAAUCUUUCCUGUAAGGUUCAGUCAAUGUAAUAUGUUCCAAUGUAGAUAAUUUCUAGAGGAAACGGAAGUAUGAAAGUUUUAAAACUUUUAAAAACACUGUUUUGAAAUGGUACAGGAUUUUCUUGUCCUUGUUGUUUGUUCCAACUGUGCACACUUUCAUAAUGUAAGUUCUAAGAAUUGCAUAUUAUCGAAUUAGGUAGUUGUCACUUUUAUUAACUACAGCUGUAUAUAUUCAGAGUCAUGUAUUUCAACUCUUUGUUCAGACUUGUAAAAGCAUUGUCACGUGUCAAAUCCUCGUAUUUCCUUUUGCCUCAAUCAUUAACAACUGAAAUGAGUUUGGUAAUAAAGUGUAUAUACAG